AUGGAAAGGGACGGAUUGCAAUUUUUAAUGGAGGUUAGCAGAGCGUGGGAAUCUGGGCAGCCAAGAUCAGGUAUAUCGUCAGAACCGGUGUGGUGGAAAACUUACGUUGAAGCCCGAAACGCACUAAUUUCCAAAUUGCUAGUGCUCUUGGCUUGUGAUUUUGAUACGCCGUUUCAUGCAGCUCUCAAACUGAACGCCGACCGUCUGUUACGUAGUGCCGAAUUUAUCGCUGUUCUCUAUUCAAUGUGCACAUCGGCUUUGAGGAACCGAUGGCAGACACAACCUCUGCCUCAACUUUCGUUGACAAACGCGCCAUGGCGUUCGUCGUACCGUUCUCCUCGUGCCCGUGCCUUGAUCGUUAGAGCUGCUGCCACGAAAGAUGCGCAUAUCGAAAAGGAAUGUUGGUCUGCACGAUUUCCAGAAGGUGAGGGAAACAAGAACGAUGAUAUGACCGACCCGUUGCCACUGAUGACGACGUAUAGCUUUCGAUCAUCGUUCACCAGUGUCUGGUCAAACAUGUUCCUUGCGAAGCUGACUUGCUUAAUGAUCAAAGUUUCGUUGCUACUGAAGAUAUCGUUUGCAGCCGACGAGCUUUGUAACCGAUGCACUUGGCCAGCAUCGGCGUUGCGCGGCUGGUUUCGAGUCAACAUGUCUCCUCGAGAUUUGCUUCUUGUCAUCAACAUGCUAGGUUUAGUCAGAAGGAAGAUGCGACCGUCUUCGAAGCGACCCGUGGCGGGAGACGGCGAUGAUCUGAACGAGGUGAAGAAAAAGAAGAAGCGUCGAACAAACGAUGACCCGAUCGUCGUUGUCCAUGAAAGAUGGAACUCCGAAGGCCACGGUUCGUUUGACGAUUCUGUCAAUUCGCAGAAAAGUUUGUUCUCCGAUGAUACAUUGUCGUCAGUCGAAUUUCUCGUAGAACCCAACGAGCAGCGACCGUCGUUUAGUCCAAGCACGUUUUACGACCUGGCCACGUGGACAUCGGCGCAUCCGUUAGCGCAGUCCACACCUUUCGACCAGCCGGAGGUACACGAGCCUGUGACAAAAGCCAGCGUUCCACAGCAGUUGACAGGAACGACCCCCCACACGACAAAUCAUGAGCCGCCAGAGCGUUUAGCUUUUUUCACCCAGCUGUUGAACACCACAUCAAGUCAAUGUCCAUCUUCGCAGACUGUCCACAGUGGCCAUCUGAUUUCGUUUAACAAUCAGUCACAGGCGCGAAAACGGUUACGGGCCAAUGUGCCACCGUUGGCUUGCUGUCCUCAACUACAAGCUGACGAUACACUUUCCGUUAAAAAGAUUAGUUCUGUGAAAGGAAAGAAGCUGCGACCAAAUCCAAACCUCACGGCUCCUCGAGCAAGACGUAAAUUAUUCGACUAUCCGGUAUCACGAUGA